AUGGAGGAGCAACAGAUGAAGUGUCCACGCUGCAAAUCUCUAGACACAAGGUUCUGCUACUUCAACAACCAUAGUCGUUCACAACCUCGAUACUAUUGCAAAGAAUGUAAAAGGAGAUGGACACUAGGUGGAGCCUUGAGGGACAUACCCAUAGGUGGUGUUGCUGGUUCCCGACCCUGUAGUGGAGGUGGUCUUGGGGCUCGUUACUUGUCUGCUACUGUUGUCGAAGUCCAAUCACUAAACGCUUCAUCACAAGCACCUUUCAACCAAUCUCUGAAUGGUGGCGGUAUUAAUGUUGGCGCAACCACAAUUUCUAGUUCUACAUCUACCUUAGUGGAACCUCUACAAUCACUAGUUCAAAACCAGUUGGUAAGUCCUUCAAUACCAAUUACCAACACCUAUCAUUAUGGUAGUGUUGGUGGUGGGGCCCAUGCUGUUUAUUUGUCCUCUUUUGUAGGAGUUCAGUCUCUGAAUCAUGACAAUGUUAAUGUUGUGGGUUCAAAUCCAACCACAAAUACUCGUUCUUCAUCUAUCUUGACAUUGCCACAAUCACUGGUUCAAAACCAGAUAAUAAGUCCUUCGCUACCAAUUACUAGCACCUAUGAUCAUAGUAGUGUUGGUGGUGAGGCCCAGAUAGAAUCUUUAUAUGCUAAAGGUUUGAUUCAACAGAGUAUGGCUGAUAACAAUGAUAUUGGUGCUGCUGAUGUUGCUUCUCACUACCCUGAUCAUUGGUCACAGAGCUUUAUCAACACUGAUAACAAUGUGGCUACUUCUAAUGUUGUUUCGUGGGAUGAUAUGUUCAACAUCACUUCCAAUAUCAGUGGUGGUAACUCUGAUAUGAACUUUUCCAUGCCAAAUCAUGGUCAUGGACUCCCUGGCUAUGAUGCCCCUCCUUCAUACUAG